AUGAAGAAGUUCAUAUCUUUUAUAUUUGUCUUAUUUAUUAAUAAAAUUGUGGGUGUAAAAAUACAUUUGUAUAGAAAAUAUCCCAAUGUAGAAAAUGGUGUAUAUCAAUUAGAUAGUAGAGGGAGACCUAUAAAAAUUGUUGAUGUAAAUUAUAAUCAUCGAUGGGAAAUUCCAGAAAAUGGAGAUAUAAAUUCAUAUACUGUGGUUCGAAAAAAUGGGAGAGUAAAAAAAUUCAGUGAAGGCACAAAUCUUAUAUAUGGUACAACCAAAAGGAAAAUAAUAAAUGAUAUUAAAGAAGGGGAUGAAGAAAGUCAAGAAGAAGUAAAAAAUGAUAUUUUGAAAAAUAAAAAAUUAAAUAUUAUUAAAAAUGUUUCCGAUGUGUCUAAAAAGCAAAAGGAUAUGAAAGAAUUGGAAAAGAAAAAGAAACAUGAACCUCCUAUUGCUAUGUAUAUAGCUGCAGAUGAUAUUGCAGAGGAAAAAAAGCAAAAGCAAGAAGAAGAUGAUAUUAAUGUUGCAAAUGAAUUAGGAGUUGCCAUAAAAGAAAAUUUAGAAAACCAUUAUGAUAUAACUAAAGAACCUUCUCCUUUAAGUACCGAUUUGUUGAAUUUGAAAAUACCAACUACUUUAGAAAAAUUAUUAAUGGAUGAUUUAGAUGAAAUAAAAUGGAUAUCGAAAAAACCAGUUAACGAUAAAAUAUGUAUGCGAGAUUACUCUAAACAAUGUCCUUCAAUGUGGGAACCAAUCACAGAAACUCAAUGUUCAGCUCCAAAGGAUUAUUCUGGACCAUGUGCUAAUAUCAUGAUUUUAGAACCUAUGAAUGCAAAAGAAAAAAGCUCAAUAGCAAGAGAUUGCAAAGUCAAUUGGUCAUGCAUUAAUGAAUCUUGUGGAAAUGGAGAAAGAGAUUAUUUAAGGGAAUGCCCAGAAAAUUGGACUUACAAUGGAACAUGUGAAGCUCCAGAAAACUAUUCUGGAGGAUGUAAUAGAUCGAUGGAUUUUGAUACUUUCACAGAAAAUGAUAAGGAGCAAUUCUCUUCAACUUGUAAAGUGGUCUGGCCUUGUAAAGAGGAAUCAUGUGAAAGAGAUUAUUCCAUAACAUGUCCUAAAGGAUGGUCUUAUAAUGUAAAGGAAGACAUGUGUAUGGGAAGUAAUGAAUUGAGCGGAAUAAUUUCAAAGGAAGAAAUUGAGGCAAUAAGUCAUAUGUCCUAUCAUCAAAGAAUAGCAUUUUCUACAAAAUAUGGAAUUCCUUGGCCUUGCAAAAAUAAAUGUACUUUUGGAUAUGAUACUUAUGCAUGUCCUAGAGGAUGGUUGAAUUUAAUGAAUUCAGGUGCUUGUAAAGCUCCAGAUGAUUACAUUGCUCCAAAUAAUUGUCCACGUAUAACUCAUUUUGACUAUAUGGACAUAAAAGAAAAAGAGAAAUUUAGUAAAAUAUGUAAUGUUAAGUGGUUAUGUAUGGAAAAUGCUCAAAGAGACUAUUCCAAAUGUCCAAUAUAUUUUGAAUAUAUUAAAGAAGGGAAUCAUAAAGGUAUGUGUAAGCCAGAUGAAAAAUAUAAAGGACCUUGUAAAGAGGCUCAAGAUAUCUUAACGUUAAACCUUGAACAAAAAUAUAACUUUGAAGAAACUUGUGAAGCACAAUUUCCGAACUUACAGAUUGAAGAUAUACCACAAUCAGAACAGGAUUUGAUUUCUCAAAGUACAAUGGAAAAAUUAUUAAAUGGUACUGAUUUAACUAAUAAAAGUGUUACUUUAGAGUAA